ACAUCCAAGGGUCAGUCGUGCUGCCCUGUUCUGAGCCAUGGUAAGGCUCUAUGGGAGAAAAGAGGGUGGGACAGGAGAAAGAGGUGUAAAAAUCAGGCAUGAUGUGUACUUUAUAGUUUACUUUCGAUAAUUUCCUUACUCUCAUUUUGUUUGUGUGACCCAUCCAGAGGAGUAGGGGUCAAUGGGAGUCAGAGGGGCGGGAGCACCCCUUAUUACCGGUGCAGAUGAAGGAACGGUGUAACGCUCGUCGUUACGUGGAAGAGAGGAGGACCAAAUUGCAGCGUGAGGCAGCUGCGAUGGAUAGUGGGGAGAUGUUCACUGCUGGAAAACGUGGUCUGGUCUCUGCCAAGGUGGAACAGUAUGACGCAGGUCUGUGCAGCUUCCCUGGUGAGGUGCCAUCGUACAAUGUGGUGGCGGUACUGAAGAAGGACUCUGGAUGUGUUUUGUUACAUCCCUUACCCAGCUCAACUGUUACCUUCUCAAAAUGUUCAACGGCUUCUCCUGUCAGUGCUCACUACCUGUAUAUCGAUGGGCGGUGGUGGACAGAACCCCUAGAUAACGUUAUAGAUCUGAAAACUCAGCUCACACAGAACUGGUUGGGGUAUUCAUUCAGACACGCACCUCUUUCACACCGGAGAUAGUCCCCUGACAGCUCUCAUUCACUCAGUAGUUAAUAGUAAUAAUAUCUCUUAUCUAAAUCCUCUUAUUAUCCACAUUUCAAAUCAGCUUAACACAUCCUUUCCACACUCACACAGCUCUCACAUCCACAUUCACUUAGUACUAUUCCCAAACGCACUCAGUCAUCUCCCUUAUUACUAUCUCUGUGCAUCUUAAACGAUUCUCGUCGUUACUUGCUAUACAUAUAAAAUAUCACAUGCUCAAUAACACCUUGUGCUAUUUGUAGUGGCUGCAGACCACGUAGACACUUCAAUAAUGGCCUACAGACAGCUGUCAUCAGGGCUUUCCAUGGUACUGUUACUCGCCCUCGCUCUAGUCUUCUCACCAUAAGACUAGUGAAUAGCCUUCUCAUAAGACUAUGGGUACCUUUUUAUUGUUCAGUUUAGUUGGUUUUAUGAUAUACAGUACCAGUCAAAAGUUUGGACACACCUACUCCUU